UUUUGCGAACUAAGCAUUCAAAACUUUGUAUGACGUGUAUCAUAACAUACGAAUACAGUUCUUUUUUUGUUUCAAGGACAUUUUCUAACAGGGCUGUUAGCUUAUCCGCUAUUAAAGUUGCUAGGCGCUUUUUGUUUUUGUACGUAGUUGAGCGGUACAGUAACCGAACUUUUCCAAAGUUUGCUCAGCUUUGUAUCAAAAAUAAUUUGCAGAUUAGAAAACACUUCUCUUUCGUGCACUGUUAUUCUCGGUAGUGUAGAACCGGUUAAUGGACAGUUUGCAGUUGUCCGGAAGGAGAGAUGGCACAGUAUAGCGUGGCUAGCUAACUAACUGUUAAGCGGCUAAGCUGGGGGCUGUUCAUCGCCUGAGAGAAACUAGCUAACCGCUCGUUUACUGUAUAUCAGGUUAUUUAAGUUCAUUGUCUUUGGAAUAAUGUGUUAACUCGAUUAUGUAAUACAGUAAAAUAUCCAAAUGAGGGUGUUGUUGAAAUUAAUACUUUCCUACUAAACUUGCCACAGUAAUUUAAUUAAAGUUGGCUGAGAGUGAACUUGGCUGAAAACCCAGCGCUGCUGAAUUCUGGAAUCUGAUUGGUCAGAAGGUGUUGAUUGAUGCGCUCGCGCUGCUCUCUGGCUGUGAUGGAGCAGUACCAUGUUCUGGAGAUGAUAGGCGAAGGCUCGUUUGGCCGAGUGUACAAAGGUCGUCGAAGGUUUAGCGGCCAGGUUGUGGCUUUAAAGUUCAUCCCUAAAGUGGGUCGCUCUGAGAAAGAGCUGCGGAGUCUGAAGAGAGAGAUUGAGAUCAUGCGAGGGCUCAAACACCCAAACAUAGUUCUACUUUUGGACAGUUUUGAGACUCAAACUGAGGUGGUAGUGGUGACCGAGUACGCUGAAGGUGAAUUAUUUCAAAUCCUGGAGGAUGAUGGGAGUUUACCCGAGAGCCAGGUGCGCGAGAUAGCUUGCCAGCUGGUAUCUGCCCUGUAUUACUUGCACUCCCAUCGUAUAUUGCACCGCGACAUGAAACCGCAGAACAUCCUUCUGGGCAAAGGGGGUGUGGUGAAGCUCUGUGACUUUGGAUUUGCUCGGGCCAUGAGUGUGUCCACGCUGGUGUUGACCUCCAUUAAGGGGACUCCUCUGUACAUGUCUCCGGAGUUGGUGGAAGAGAAACCUUACGACCACACAGCUGACCUCUGGUCUUUGGGCUGCAUUCUGUACGAGCUCCACACGGGGGCACCGCCGUUCUACACCAACUCCAUCUUUCAACUCGUGCAGCUGAUCGUCAAGGACCCAGUCAAAUGGCCAGAGAACAUGAGCCAGGGCUGCACGAGUUUUCUGAAGGGUCUGUUAAAUAAAGACCCUCAGAAGAGGCUGACUUGGCCUGGCCUGCUUCACCAUCCUUAUGUUGCCGAUGGAGUCAUAGUUUUACCAGAUGAGGGUUCAUGCAGCCCCCUGACCAUAACACCCAGUCCAGACAUCCAAGCCAUGAAGCAGCAGCAGGUGGCAGAAAAAUCUGCACCUCGCAGUGGAGAGGGCAAAUUACUGCGCAGAGCCAGAGACCUGCAAGACAAAAAGCAGAAGAACAGACAGGACCAGUUGAAGAAUGGGAAAGCGCUUGUUAACAGCCAGCCUCGCACCAAAACUGCCCCGGCUGGAGAAGCCCCCACCAGCAACCAUUCAUUGGGCAGCACCUUUACAGUGUGUCGAAAUUCAGCUCAUCCACCAGCCAAUCAGCAUCAAGCCAAUGACAUUGGUGUUGCCAGGGUGAGUUCGGCUCCGUGUAAGGGCCCCAUCAGCAGGGACUAUGAGAGAGAGUUUCCUUCAGUGGAGGUGGGGCCGAGGCUGAUGGUGAGACGCUCCAGACCUGGACACACCAGCUUGGCUUCUGUUAGGAUGGACAGUGAUGAGCAAGAUGUUAACAGUGAUGAAGAGUGGCAGCGGUUGGCUGACGUGACAGAUCACAUGUCUGUGCCUAUGGAUCCCCACAUCCAUCAGAAACUGAAGAACAAGCUCCUCGGAUGCAAGGAGCAGCUCCUUAAUGGGAAGUUGGAGGAGCCUUCCACUAUUCUUCAGCUCCUAAAGAUUCUCACUAAAAUUAUCCUGACCUCUGACCCUGCUGAUGCCAGGAGAAUUGGCGAGGAGAUAGAUGUGCUUCACAUUUUAUUUAGUCUGAUUGAGGUGAUGCUUAGCAGUCCUGAAGUAAUGAAGAAGCCGUGGAGCGAGAAGGUGCUGGGAGAGCUGACGGCUGUGCUUUUGCCGAUUUGGGAGAAUCAGCCUGACUGGCAAAUGAAGGAGAAGAGAGCUGAGGAUUUGUGCCAGCUGUUGAUAUCAUUAUUUCUCCAUCCUGACCCAAACACUCUGGCACCACAAGCAGCUGCAGUCCUGAGUCUGUUUGUUCACUACGGUGUCUGUGUUAACAUCCACAUGGACAGACUUACGGCUCUUCUGGAGGCUCUACUGUCAGGACCAGAGGAGCCUCAUUACCCUUUACCUGCUGGCUGGGGCAUGUGCGACAGUGUCCUGGCAUUAAUUCUUUAUUUUCUCUCUGAGAGUGAAAGCAGUGCUCUGUAUGAUUUUCUGAACUCUGAGGUUUGGUGUCACUUGUGGACUAAAGUUGGCACUAUUCUAGAAAGCACAGCAUCCAGACCUGAGUUUCUCUCAGUUGAUGGUCUCUCUGUCCUUUUAUCUAUUGCCCUGUUUGCUUUCUCCAAUGAGCCUCAUGACUGCCUUUUUCUGUUUUUUGACGACGACAAAAAAUUCACUCGCACCCUCAUUCGUCUCUUGACUACCGAUAGCAGCUCAGCACCACUUAAAAGGGGUCUCCUGUGGGGCGGCUCUGAUAUGAAUAGUCUAGCUCUGAUGAGCUGCCAGUUACUGUGCUUUCCGUUUGCUGUGGAGCUGCCCCAGGAGAAAAUGGUGGCGAUUCUCCACUCGUAUCAAAGCCUGAAUAUAGUGGAAGGCUUAGUUCAGGUGAUUCAACUCCAAUCCCCUGCUCUUUUAGAGCUUCCGCUUUCUCUGUUGUGCCGUCUUUGCCUGUCCUCCCCUAAGUAUGCUGUUCCAAGCUUCAUCACAGCAGCCCAGGACUGUCGGUUUCUUCCCCAGAGUGCACCAUCAGACCAAACCCUAAAUAACCUUAACCAGUCUGAGAGUGCAGCAGAGCAACCAAGACUUAAUGGUACCCCACAUAAAAACCAGUUAGAAAAGGGCAGAAUUGAAGGGGAUCACCCUAAGAGAGCCACAGACAUAAUAAGAGGGAGUAUAAAUAAAGGUAGGGACACGAGGGAUCCUCCUAACAUGCACUCCCAGCUAUCCAAAAACAAGUCUGGGAAGCUGAAAGAAAGGGGCUUUCAUUCAAAGAUCAAGCAAGAUCUAAAAAUUCUCAGCAUGGAACACCUUCAAGAUAGUAUAGAGCAACACAGUGAUGGCAUGGAGGAGCUUCUAGACAGCCUGGAGUUUCACAAAGGUUUCUCAGACCAUCUCAGACAUCUCACAGCACGGCACAAGAGCACCAUGAGCUGGUUUAUUGACAGUUUAGAGCAGCCUAAGAACUGCAUAAGUCACACUAGUGUAAUAAAGGAUUGUUCUAAGGCGUCAGAGGUCAAAGGUCAGCCUCAUCAGCCUGAAUUUAGGACAGCAAGUUCUCUCUUGUCCAUGCUGCUGCAGACCGAAUCCCUGUUUGGGUGUGCAGUGCAGCUUCUGACUCUGCUAUGUCGGACUUGCACACCUGGCUCGGCCCUGUCUGCCGUGCCUGUGGACCCGGUCGUGCUCCGUGCUGCCCUACGCCACCAUGAUGACGGGGUCCGAGCAGCCGGCUGCAACCUCUUGUCUUGCCUAGAGCCAGAUUUGGGACAGGCCUCUCCCAGAUCAAACGCAGGACCAAACUGGACCAUCGAACCAGCAGUGUUCAAGGACUUGCUAAGCCGCUUGUCUGAUUCUGCGCCUUCUGUACGCAGGAGUGCUUGUAAGGCUGCGGUCAAGUGGCUAGGCAUGAUGAGAAAGACUGAAGUCACAUUAAAGAGAGACAAGCAUUUACAGGAAGGGACUGAGUGCAGGAGGAGAACCGUCAGUGCUCCAGCAGUAACGGGCAGAGGAAGAAUGAGGGUUAGGGAUGAGGAUAUCAGAAAAUGGAUAAAGGGCGACUCUGGCUCUCCUUUAAGUUCUAUAGGUACUUGUAUAGAGGGGGAGGAGUGGCUCAAAGUCGCCAUGGGAGCAGCAUCUCCAGCAGUUUCUCUCCUCUCAGAUUCUGAUGCCGUCAUUCGACGACAAGGCUGCAUCAUCCUAGGGAGCAUGGCUGCCAUUACAGGAGGUGAAAGAGCGCUGAUGAGCGCGGACGCUCCCCAUCAACUCCUGCGCCUCGCCCGCGCCGACUCCCAUCAUGCAGUGCGGCGGCAAGCCUUGUCCGCCCUGUGUGCGUUUAGUCAACAGGACGCACUGCAGCAGGUGAGAGGCUCUGAAGUCCACUGAAGCUGAGCUUAAACUCCACCACAUAUGCCAGAGUUCAUCACUUCAGAGCAAUUACAGAUGGAUGGGUCAAGCAGAGGUGAAACAUAAUGUAGACUCAACACCGGGAUAAAAAAAAAAAAAAAGUGCAAUUAAUAUAAUACUAGUUUAAUAAUUAAUGUGUCAUUGAGUUUUUUCUGAGAGUGCCAGGGCAGAUGUCUCAGUUACCUUAAUAUCAGUUAUUGUUCCUGUACAGUUUUUGUUUGUUUGUUUGUUUGUUUGUUUGUUUUAAGGGGAGGAAGGUGGGUUUGGUCUUGGAUAUAGAUUAAGCCUGGAAUGUAAGCAAUCCCAGUGACAAUGUGAUUUAGACUGAAACUAGCCUUAAGCUGUGUAUACAGAGCCUACUUGUAAAAAAAAAAAAAAAAAAAAAAAAAAAAAAAAAUGAUCAGUAUUGUACAAUUGUGUAGAAUGAUACUCAUGAUUAUUAAACACUAAGGAUGUCCUGCAAUGACUGCUUAAAAAAAAAAAAAAAAAAAGGACAUUAUCUGGAGACCUGCCUGUCCAAGUCCAAACAAAUUUGUCAGGAUACACUCUAAUUUUCAUUUGUAUUUUUAUGAUCUUGGAAUCAUUUUUAUAGACGGUUAGUAAAUUGCAGCUAGAAGAUUUUGAUUUGAAAGAUUUUGUAAGGUCAUGAACACUAAAUAAAUUAUUUGAAAAAAAAAUUUUUUUCUUUUUGGAUAUUGAACA